AUGGCAGGGUCGGUGCCGAGGUUCAUAUUGAUCUACUUUGAUGAUCUGUUCUAUCCAUUCGGAACAGCCGUCGGAGAUGUAGCCAAUCCCAAAGUGGAUGAUGGUGGAUCCCCAGAAAUAUCCAUCUCGAUCAACUUCCCCUUCUUCGAAACAUCGUACAGAUCCUUAUAUGUGAACAACAACGGUGUAGUGUCCUUCCAAGCAGCUGUCUCCCAGUACACACCCAAUCCCUUCCCCCUGGAAAAUGGCAAAGCGUUUAUUACCCCGUUUUGGGGUGAUGUGGAUAACCGGAAUGGAGGUGAGAUCUAUUACAGGCAGAGCACCGAGCCAAGUCUGUUACAAAGAGCCACUGCAGAUAUCAACAGGUACGCUCCAUCAGGGGCGUUCCAGGCUCAGUGGGUCUUUGUGGCCACGUGGGACCGAGUCGCUUUCUAUGGAUCCAGAACAUCAAAGGUGAACAGCUUCCAGGCUGUACUCAUUACAAAUGGACGACAAUCCUUCAUUAUACUAAACUACGGGAAUAUUGAAUGGACAACGGGUACUGCGAGUGGUGGGGAUGCUGACACUGGGUUGGGUGGAACUGAAGCUCAGGCCGGUUUUAACAGUGGAGGAUCGACUCAUUACUUCAGCAUUCCAGGAUCACAAACUCCAGAUAUCGUCAACAUUGAGUCCACAAGCAACGUGCAAGUCCCAGGACGUUGGGUAUUCAGGACAGAUACGUUCAGUGUGCUGGAAGGCUGCAUCUUCAAUGGUACUUGCUGCACCAAAAAAUUAAACCCAAUUGUCAAUCAUGCUGGCUGA